CAAUAUUUGAAUUUUUCAAAAUUUGAGGGGUUGGUCAAAAUUGUUUGUAAUUGCACUUGUUUUCAAAAUUGUUUUUCAUAUGUGAUUUCGUUAGUAUAACCACUACAGAAAUUGUUUAUGGAAAACGUAAACAAGAAGAAUAACACGAACAAGAAUAAGAAGUAUUGUCAGUUUAGUGAGGUUAGUAGUUAUUCCUGUGCAAAAAUGACGGGUAAACAUGUCAAGAACCGUGGAAGAUGAACAGUUUCCAAACGAGAAAAAAAUUAGGUUUCAGUCAACUGCCAAGGUACUUUGGAAUAAUGGAAAUAACAUCGAAGAUUUAAUGAAUUAUGAAACAGCAAACAUGAAUAGUGAACCUGAAAAACAUGUCAAAGGUCAGAGUCAAACACCUUCUCUGUUAUCAUUUCUUCAAGUGGAAGUUACUAGGGGAUAUUUGUUGGAGCACGAUGAAGAACGCUACUCAGCAAAAAGAGAAAAGGUGUACUCUUUUAUGAAAAUACCAAGAGAAGUUGAAAAAUUCAUGACAUAUGGCUUCAUGCAAUGCACUGACUCAUUUUUAUAUGUUUAUAUAUUUUUACCAAUGAGGUUUUUGCUGGCAUUGUGGGCAUUAAUAACCAGGCCAAUAUCUAAAUGCUUUGGUUUACAGAACAGCUCUAAAACUGUGCUGACUCCUGCAGAAAUAUGUGAUAUACUUAAAGCCGCUAUUGUUGUGAUAUGUAGCAUGUUGAUGUUCUAUGUUGACACUAAUAUUAUGUACCACUUAAUAAAGAGUCAGUCUGUUAUUAAGUUGUACAUAUUUUACAACAUGUUAGAAGUCGCUGAUCGGUUGUUUUCUGCAUUUGGCCAGGACACGAUCGAUGCACUCUUUUGGACAGCAACCGAACCAAGGGACAGGCGGACUGAACACCUGGGUGUCAUACCCCAUAUGAUUUUUGCCGUUGCAUAUGUCUUCCUACAUAGUCUUUUAGUGCUAUUUCAAGCAACUACGCUGAAUGUGGCUAUAAAUUCAAACAAUAAGGCUCUUCUGACCAUAAUGAUGUCUAAUAAUUUUGUAGAGUUGAAAGGGAGCGUGUUCAAGAAAUUUGACAAAAAUAAUUUAUUCCAAGUGUCUUGUAGCGAUGUAAGGGAACGUUUCCAUUUGGUCAUACUAUUGUUGGUCGUUACUUUGCAAACUAUGAAAGAAUAUUCAUGGAAAUCAGAACGAUUUUGGGUUUUACUCCCCGACUGCGUUGUCGUUUUGGUAGCUGAAAUAUUCGUUGAUUGGAUAAAACACGCUUUUAUAACGAGAUUUAACGAACUUCAGUUGGAUGUUUAUAGGGACUACACGACCAGUUUGGCCUAUGAUAUGGCCCAGACCAGACAAAAACAUGCCUUUUCAGAUCAUUCAGACUUAGUGGCCAGGCGAAUGGGGUUCAUCCCUUUGCCACUAGGCGUCGUAAUGAUUAGGGUCUUAGUCCAAUCAAUCCAUAUAAACAGCUUUUCAUCUGUACUGAUAUGUAUCUUGGGAUACUUAUGUAUUGGUUCACUUAAGGUGCUGAUAAGCAUAAUUGUCCUUGGUAUGGCAUGCUAUUUUAUUGAGCAGCACAAACAGGAAAAAGCUUUAAUAAAUUCGCCGUUUAGUAACAGGACUCACAGUCCUAGUCCUUCACUGAACAAAGGUGGUGCUCAAAAAGAUACAGCCACAAGUCCUCUUAAGCCUGCCAUCAAUGUUGACAACAACUCAUCCAGUAAACUGAACGAAAAUUCGAAUGUAGGCUUUAAGUCAUCGAAUUUAGCGUUAAAUGCUGGUGGAGAUUGCACCUUGGGUUCCACUGCAAUAUUUGCGAAUAGCACUGUCGACUUGAAAAACGCCACCCUCAAUGAAGAAUUACUAAAAGUUGAAGGUGAUAACAUUAAAAUAGAACCUGCACCUAAAGUGGACGAAAUUAUUACGAGAAGUGAACCAAAUAUAAAUUCGGAAUAUGUAGAAGAGGUUGUUGAAAACCCCGUCUACGAAAAUUGUGAACCUGGGUUGAAAAAGAGGGCAGAGUCCGAACCAUCGUUGGCUUCGUGUGGAGAGACUGAAAACCUGAGCUAACGCUAGUCCAUGUAUAUCUUGUUAAUUUUGUACUUGUAUUUUUUACGAAAAGAAUAGUAUGUUGCAUUAAUUUAUCAAUGUUGAUCGAUCUUUCGCAGUACGAUUUGUAUUUCGCGUCGUUGUAUUAAACAAUGCUGAAAGUGAAUUAUUGGUAACAGAUACUUUUUAUGUGAUUAAAGAAAACCGGGUUGUUGUAUUUUAAAAAUUGUAUGGAAAUAUUGAUUAAUAAAUAAUCAUGCACUAAA